GCGGGGCGGGCGCGCUGCGGCGGUCGCUGCUGCUUCCUCGGGCCAUUUUGCUCCGCGCGGAGAGACGAGAGGUGGAGAGCCAGGGCUAGAGGAGGCGCGGGCCGGAGGAAACGGCGGGCGGCGGGCUUUCCGCAUUCGCAGUGUCCGCAGGGGCUUAGCGAUCGCCGGCGAAGGGGGUAGGGGGGCCCCUUCCCGGUCCCUGCACCAUGAGCUGGGGCACCGAGCUUUGGGAUCAGUUUGACAACUUAGAAAAACACACCCAGUGGGGAAUCGAUAUUCUUGAAAAGUACAUCAAGUUUGUGAAGGAGAGAACUGAGAUUGAGCUCAGCUAUGCCAAGCAGCUCAGGAAUCUUUCAAAGAAAUACCAACCCAAGAAGAACUCAAAGGAAGAAGAAGAAUACAAGUAUACGGCAUGUAAAGCGUUUCUUUCCACCCUGAAUGAGAUGAAUGACUAUGCCGGCCAGCAUGAGGUCAUCUCUGAGAACAUGACGUCACAGAUCACGGUGGACCUGAUGCGCUAUGUGCAGGAGCUGAAGCAGGAGAGGAAAUCGAACUUCCAUGACGGACGGAAGGCCCAGCAGCACAUUGAGACGUGCUGGAAGCAGCUGGAGUCGAGUAAGAGGCGUUUCGAACGGGACUGCAAGGAGGCUGACCGUGCGCAGCAGUACUUCGAGAAGAUGGAUGCUGACAUCAACGUGACCAAGGCCGACGUGGAAAAGGCACGGCAGCAAGCUCAAUUACGUCACCAAAUGGCAGAGGACAGCAAAGCUGAUUACUCCUCAAUCCUGCAGAGAUUCAACCAGGAACAGUGGGAAUACUACCACACCCACAUCCCCAACAUCUUCCAGAAAAUACAAGAGAUGGAGGAAAGGCGGAUCGUGCGCAUUGGAGAGUCCAUGAAGACCUACGCGGAGGUGGACCGGCAGGUGAUACCCAUCAUCGGGAAAUGCUUGGAUGGUAUAGUGAAGGCGGCCGAGUCGAUCGACCAGAAAAAUGACUCCCAGCUGGUCGUGGAAGCCUACAAGUCAGGGUUCGAGCCUCCUGGAGACAUUGAGUUUGAAGACUACACCCAGCCGAUGAAACGCACGGUAUCAGAAAACAGCCUUUCGAGCUCCAAAGAAGGCAAGCCAGAGCUCAAGUUUGGCGGCAAAUCCAGAGGCAAGCUGUGGCCAUUCAUCAAGAAAAACAAGCUUAUGUCCCUUUUAACAUCCCCCCAUCAGCCUCCCCCUCCCCCCCCUGCCUCUGCCUCACCCUCUGCUGUUCCCAACGGCCCCCAGUCUCCCAAGCAGCAAAAGGAACCCCUCUCCCACCGCUUCAACGAGUUCAUGACCUCCAAACCCAAAAUCCACUGCUUCCGGAGCCUAAAGCGUGGGACUCAGUCUUUGAGUUAUCACAGAGAGCUCAUGAAGAGGACUCUAGGGAAACCCACGCAUGCCUUCGAGGCUAGGGACUAUGUUCUUUCUCUCAAGCUGGGUGCCACACCAGAAGACUUCAGCAACCUUCCGCCUGAGCAGAGAAGGAAAAAGCUGCAGCAGAAAGUUGAUGAUCUCAAUAAAGAGAUCCAAAAGGAGAUGGAUCAGAGGGAUGCCAUCACCAAAAUGAAAGAUGUAUACCUAAAGAACCCUCAGAUGGGAGAUCCGGCCAGCUUGGACCACAAACUCGCCGAGGCCGCCCAGAACAUAGAGAAACUGCGGCUGGAGACACAGAAGUUUGAGGCCUGGCUGGCUGAGGUGGAGGGCAGACUCCCGGCACGGAGUGAGCAGGCGCGCCGGCAGAGUGGGAUGUAUGAGGCUCAGACACACCAGACGGUCACUAAUUGCGCCCAGGACCGGGAAAGCAGCCCAGAUGGGAGUUACACAGAGGAGCAAAGUCAGGAGAGCGAGCUCAAGGUGCUGGCCACGGAUUUCGAUGACGAAUUUGAUGAUGAGGAACCACUGCCUGCCAUAGGGACCUGCAAGGCCCUCUACACAUUUGAAGGUCAGAAUGAAGGCACCAUUUCCGUGGUGGAAGGGGAGAUGCUGAGCGUCAUCGAGGAGGACAAGGGUGAUGGGUGGACUCGCAUCCGCAGAAGCGAAGAUGAGGAGGGCUACGUCCCUACCUCCUACGUCGAAGUCUAUUUAGACAAAAACGCCAAAGGUGCUAAGACUUAUAUUUAACCCACUUAAGACCAAACAAAAACCUUUAAAAGCAUUGGAGCUGUCUCUCCCCACCACUUUGGCUGUUACAGGCCUUCAAGAGGCCGCAGAGAGCAAGUGAUGCAGACACUCGGGGACCUGGGAGCAUCUCAGGCCUGAGUUUGUCCAACUUGGCCAUGUGCCGAGCUGCCACUGGCCUGCUUACAAGUGUGUCCUUUGAAAUCUGAUCAGUGUUUCCAUCCUUUCAACAAAAUAUGUAGAUUUUUUAAAUGUAUAGUGGUGGUUCGUGCCUAUAAUCCCAGUGCUCAGGGGGCUGAGUCAGGAGCAUCCCACUGAGUGUCAGGUUAGCCUGGGCUACAGAGUAAGACUCAGUAAGUAAAUAAGUAAAUAAAUAAAUAAGUAAAUAAAUAAAUGAUACAUUUGUUACUUCAUCAAUGGAACUGAGUAACACCUAAAGUCUUUGACUAAAGACGGUAACAUUCUCUUGGUGCCCACGCUGAGUGCCCUUACAUUGCUGCUCAGGUCCCCUGUGUUAGCCUUUAAUUGUCUGAGUGUCCCAAAAAACCAAGAGAUGUCCAGAAAUGUAUGCUCCUUGAGUGAUUUAACUUUGACUGACAUUCUUGUCUUCUGGCUCCACCGGAUGGGCCUGGGCCAAUGGUAGGGUGUCUUCAAGCUGUUGAGGCAGGCUUCUGCAGCAGCUAAGUGCCCAACACCCCUGUGGGCGUGGUUUUCUAUUCCUGUCAGAGGGUUUCCUGUGAGCAGAACCUGGUGGUACCAGCCACUGAACAAAAUGGCCCCUGCAUGUCCCUUUUUAAGGGGAAGACUUUCAUUUUCUUUUUGAUCUAUAAGAGCCAGUGUUUGAAAUACUAGACACUGUUUUUGGGGUUCUGGCACAUUUGAUCCAGCUAACUACAGCCAGAAUAAAAUAAAUGGUCUCGUGUUUUAAGGGAA